AUACAUAAUGCACUUGUAAACAGCUCUGAAUAGCAAAAUAACCCGAAAGAAUUGAACCCAUUAUCGCUCUUUUGUCAAAUCACCCACUAAUAUUUUUUUUAUAUGCCAUUGAUUCGGAUACUCUAUCCAUUCUUUUAUACGCCAACCUAUCUUCGGAGAUUUCUUGGUUCAAAUAGUUUCUUGCAUUGAGGAAUCCAGCAUUCAUAGUUUGUCUCAAAUUCAUUUCGAUAUUGCAUGGGGUUGUCUUGUUCAUGCCCGCUCUCUUCUUAUAUUGAUUUAGAGAAUGGUUUUCAAUCAGUCAUUAUAAAGUCAAUCAGCUUUGGAGAUGAUAAUCAGAAGACACCAGUUCGAUCUAUUGGCCACAAGGAAAACAUUUCGAAACCAAAUAAAUUGAUGCCAUUAGGUUCGGUGGAAAUGAUAGUCGAAGAAACCGUUAGCUUCAAAAGAAGAGAAACUGAAAUGAUGAAAAGAAUCCCGCAAAUGCCAAUUUUGGAUUCACAAAGCCCGAAACAUGAGGCUGCUAUAAAGCUGCAAAAGGUGUAUAAAAGCUUUAGAACAAGAAGAAAGCUAGCUGAUUGUGCUGUUCUGAUUGAGCAGAGCUGGUGGAAGCUAUUAGAUUUUGCAGAACUCAAGCGAAGUUCAAUUUCAUUCUUUGAUCUUGAGAAACACGAGUCUGCGAUUUCACGUUGGUCAAGAGCGAGAACAAGAGCGGCAAAGGUUGGGAAAGGUUUAUCAAAGAAUUGCAAAGCCCAGAAACUAGCCUUACAACAUUGGCUUGAAGCAAUUGAUCCGCGGCAUCGUUACGGGCACAAUCUGCAUUUCUAUUACAUCAGAUGGCUGAAUUCUCAAAGCAAAGAGCCUUUCUUCUACUGGCUAGACAUAGGAGAAGGAAAGGAAGUUAAUCUGGGUGAGAAAUGUCCUCGAUCAAAACUUCAGCAACAGUGCAUCAAGUAUCUUGGUCCGAUGGAAAGGAAGGCCUAUGAAGUUUCAGUUGAACAUGGGAAGCUCAUCUACAAGCAAACAGGGGAGCCCCUCGAUACCACUCGAGAACUGAAGGGCGUUAAGUGUAUUUUUGUUCUCAGUACCUCUCGGACCUUAUAUGUUGGCAAGAAAAAGAAAGGCGAGUUUCAGCACUCUAGUUUCUUGGCUGGAGGAGCCACAUUGGCUGCUGGGAGGAUGGUUGUCGAAAAUGGAUCCUUAAAGGCAGUGUGGCCUCACAGUGGCCACUAUCGACCAACUCCCGAAAAUUUUGAGGACUUCAAAUCAUUUCUGAGAGAGAACAAUGUGGAUCUUGCUGAUGUUAAGCUUGAUUCGAUGGAUGAUGAAGAAGAAGUAUAUAUUGGAAAGAGGAGCAAAGUACACUUGAGAACUAAUUCAUCUGAAGAUGACUUGGAGACGGAAGAAAACUUUAUCGAAAAUUCCACUUCGAAUAAAGUUAAGUCAAGAGAAGAUGAAACUGCAAUGCAGAUGUCAAGGUCAAGUACAUAUCUUGGCUUCAGUCAAAAACUAGCUAAUCUUCAGAGCAGUGAUGAUUUAUUAGAGGGAUUAGACCGUGAAAAUCAAACAGCUGACUUAAAUGCUGAUGAUUUCCUUCUGAAAUCGCCCUUGGAUAGAUAUGAACCUGCAGAAGAAGAUGAACACGAUGAAACUAAAGAAGACAUUAUUCCCGAAGAAACAAUUCUGCAAAGGAUCAAUUCGCAUAAAGAAAUGAAGUCGUAUCAAUUGGGGAAGCAACUAUCUUGCAAAUGGAGUUCGGGAGCUGGACCUCGCAUUGGAUGUGUGAGAGACUAUCCUUCCGGGCUGCAAUCACAAGCUUUGGAACAAGUAAAUUUGUCACCACGAAGUGAUCGACGCCUUAGAUUAGACUCCCCAUCUGGUGCAUCUACACCUGACAGCUGCAGUCUACCUCUUAACAGUAUUUGCCAUUCAAGAAUGCAACAAUCACCAUUGUGUGGAGGGCCCUAGUGACUUAAGUCAAAACUAUUGAGUUUAUUCUUUGAUUAACCUAUUCUAUUUUAGUGGGCAUUAAAAAAAAAAGGUGUAGGAAUUCGUUUACAUUCUUUUUAUAAUGGAGUUCUUACACAAUAAACGUGUACACAGUCAUUGUAUUUUUCUUCUUAUGCAAUUAGGGAUGCAAAAUUUUAAAUUUCUGUAUUUCAAUACACUUUGAUCAGUUCAAAAUAUAAGUUCAAACUUUUUAGACAGUUUU